AUGGCAGUUGACUGCAUGUCGGUGGCUUCGCGCCACCACCCGCAUCACCCCUUGAACCAGCAUUCCAGUUUAGAUCGGCGCCCAAGCGUGGGGUCAAACGUGGGCAGCAACAACCCGUAUUCCAGGUACAUGUCGCCCGCUCCUUCGACUUAUUCCAGGCGGUCGCACUCUGAAUCUGUCAACUCCGCGCCUUCCAUCUGGUAUUCCGGCACACCCGAACAUUAUCCGGUGGAGCCGAAACGUCGCCGCGAUCACUCUGCUUCGCAUCGCCGCCGAUCUACUUCUCACAAACACUCCCGACAUUCACUCCUUGUGCAACCGGAUAUCAUCGACCAACUGGACAAUGUGUCCGCUUUUUCUUAUCACCAUGAAGGUCCUUACGACGCUGCCCGCCCAGAAAGAAACCGCCUCAGCCAGUACAGUCCAUUGGAAGCAGUUAAAGAGUCUAAUGCCGAGGCCCUCCGGGCUACUCCACAUCACAAAAUCGCCGACGCUUUAAAUAGCCAUCGGCCUUUGGAUGGAGUUGCCUUCUAUCCUCCCGGAAGCACGGAUCGCAAUGGCCAAGAAUAUUCCUAUGAGGAAGGUUCCAACAUGAUGAACGAUUUCGCUGGAAACUUCAUGCGCCUUCCUGGCACAAAAUUCACCGACGAGGAUUUCAAGAAUGAUCCAUUCUACAACCGCCCGUUGGUUAACCCAUUCUCACAACUCCGAAAGAGCAUCAGUCUGCGGCUCAAGAAGAAACGCCGCAGCACCGCCUAA